GAACUCCAAAUAGAACCACGCAACACCAUGAUUCAGGUGCUACCGCAAUGAUUUUAUCCAGCGACCAAGAAAAUGGAAAUGACCUUGAUUAUAUGGCAGACCAGUCCCUUGCAGAAAUUGCGAUGGAGCAGGGAGAGUUAAGUGACUCAGAGGAAGAAAUAGGAGAAGGUGUAGAGUUUGAGUGCGAAGAGAUGGAGGACUCAGAAGGAGAGGAGAUAUUUGAAUCCGAGGAGAUAAUUAAUGAUAAAAAUGAGGUAUCUCUUAAAAAUAACUCUCUUAAACUGCUUAGGGGAUUUCUAGGACUCAGAAGGAGAGGAGACAUUUGCACCUUUCUUCUCUUUAUGGUACAAGCCCAGAAUGGUGAAAUCUCGCAAUGCUGCUUGACAAAACAUGUAUUUAAGAUGACUAAGCAGUUUUUGGCCAAUGUAUCCCUGAAGAUAAAUGUGAAGGUUGAAGGAAGAAAUACUGUGCUGGUUGAUGUGCUCUCUAGACGAAUUUCCCUUGUCAGCGACCGCCCAACUAUCAUUUUUGGUGCAGAUGUCACCCAUCCCCCCCUGGGGAGGAUUCUAGCCCGUCAAUUGCUGCGGUGGUUGCUUCUCAAGAUUGGCCUGAGAUUACAAAGUAUGCUGGUUUGGUUUCUGCUCAAGCGCAUAGGGAAUUGCUUAUUUCCUUCCGUCGAGCAACUGCACAGAAGCCUCAGAGAAUUAUAUUGUACAGAGAUGGUGUUAGUGAAGGACAAUUUUAUCAAGUUCUUCUUUUUGAACUUGAUGCAAUCGCAAGAUAUGCUAGGUGUACUCGUUCUGUCUCCAUUGCUAUGUUCACUGCACUUCCUAUUAUGCACAUUUGGCAGCUUUCCGUGCUCGGUUUUACAUGGAGCCAGAACCAUCUCACAGUGGAUCAGUCACAAGCGGAGCUGCUUCAAACAGAGGAGGUGUAGGAGCUAUGUGAAGGAGCACGCGAGCACCAGGUGCUGGUGCUGCUGUAAUGCCUAUUUUAUUUUUUUUAUUUGGUCCUUGCUUGUAGUAUGCUCCUGCGCUCCUGGCUUAGGUGCCUAUUUGGAGACUGCAAGUUUUGCAGAAAAUAGUCAAUACAGUUACUAUUAUGAUAAGAGAUGGGCAAGUGUCUGAGUAGACUUGGGGAUUUCUUAGUCCCAAAGCAGCGAAUAUGUUAAAAUGGAACGAUCCAGCAACCUGUUUCUGUGGAUUCUUCCACGUACCUUUGGCUUGUUGAUACAUGUAGAUCGUAUUGCCGUCAACACUUAAUAACUUGUACACGAAACAGCUUCUGUUUUGAAGUCUUUCCCAGUCAAUGGUCGAUAGCAUUAAUCGGCUGAGAUGGAGCUUAGAUCCCAAGAGUAGCUGCCUUUUAGACGGUUUGACCUAAUCGUGUGUUUUGACUCUAUUAUGAUACCUUCAUCUGCUGCACUAAGAAAUUGACAAGUGCGGUGAAUUUCUUACAUGAGGAAAUUUCAACUGGAAUGCCUUAGUAUUAUUGUGUUUGCACCA